GACACGCACACGAUGCGCGACUUUCCCCGAAGUACUUCCGUGAAUUCAGUGUGCUCCUGCCAGGUAAAUGAAAAAACCAAUAUAGCGUGGGCAUAAAACAAGCAUCAAGAAAAAGCUGCAUAAGUUGGAUAAUGUUACCGCGCGACGGAGUUUUGGGACGCGGCGGUGCCCUAAGCUACGCCAUUGCAACUUUUGGGAUACAGUGCACGUUGUAUACAAAACAAGGACACAAAUGAAUCGCAAAACUUGUCAUCUUUGGGUGCACUUAGAGGAACAGGAAGUGAAAGUGUGUUUCUCAUCCGUCAUCACAAGUUUGCAGAUUUAGGCCUAAUAUUUGCAAUGCAUAGCAGUGUUGUCAUGAUUUGUUGUAUAGGUGUACGUGCGCCUGCACGGAGGUGCAGUAGUUGCACAGGUGGAUGCACUUCUUCUUCCAAGAAGAUGGAACUAGUUUGGUGACGCAGCACGAUGUGGCCACCAGCACCACGCCAACGCCCGACUUGUGAGCACCAGCUGCAUGAGGUUGUUUUAGAGGCUCAGAGGAUGAAUGAAAAGAACGAGGCGGACCACUGCUCCGCUCCUAACGCGCAUCACUGUUGUAAAGGUUAUGACACGAAAAAAGCAGCUUCUUUUGGAACUUGUAAAAAUGCAGGGAAGUUCAAGUUGUAAUCAGGAUGCAACGUCGCAGGCGCAGCGGCAGAAGAAGUUGUAAUCAUCCUGCUACAAUAAU